GAGACGACACAGAGACGGAGACAGACGUCUACCUGGACAUGGAUCACCUGCUGAUGCUGUUGCUGCUGCUGUGGAGUUCAGGACUCCAGGCUGAAGAUAAACACCAACCAACAGGUUCUCAGUGUGAAAGCACAGCCAAGGCCAACAUCGUGCUGUUGGUCUGUGAAUCCAAGAACACCACCUCUGAAGACCAUGAAAACAUUAAGUCCUUUCUAACUCAAGUAGUCAGCAACUUCAACAUCGGCCCUGACAAAGUCCAGAUCGGUCUGCUUCAGAACAGUGGAUUCUCCUCAGGGAUCCAGUGGGACCUGAACACCCACCAGACCAAACAAUCCCUGCUGGAGGCCAUAGCCAACCUGCCACAGGAAGGAGGAGACUACCACCGCAUGGGAACAGCUCUGCAGAUCAUCCGAUAUGAGUUCUUUAAACCCUAUAAGGGAACGCGUUCAGACUCCCAAAAUAUUCUCAUCCUGAUUACUGAUGGAAAGUCUCGGGACGACGUAUCCCUCCUCUCACAGCACCUGAGAGACGACGGCAUUGAGAUCUACACUAUUGGUGAUUGA